CAGGAAGUUUCAAGAGAACAACAUUAAGACACAGAGCUUUGUUCUGUCCUCCAGACAGCCUCCACAGCGUUGAUCCAACAUGAGGGUCGCUGCCAUCGUCCUGCUGCUCUCUGGUCUUCAGUUUGCUCAGUGCUUUCCAACAGAUGGAAACACUUCUACACAGCUGUUUGUCUGCAAGGACGCAGGAUGUGUUGCCAAUGUGUCUAACGUCUUUUGCCAAGAUAAAUCCGUGUUUAACAGCAGCAGGUUCAUGCCACAGUGCACAGGACCUCCAGCACUAAACACAGUCUGUGAGCUUAGUGGUCGGGCCAUCGUUUCCACUUCUACAGAUGCCACCUGUGACUUUGAAGGGGAGGAUGGUUAUAUCCCAACUGGAAACUGUGCAGACCACGGGGACAUUUGCAGUUUUCCAGCUACAUCACCACCAGCUACAUCACCACCAGCUACCACGUCACCACCAGCUACAUCACCACCAGCUACCAUGUCACCACCAGCUACAUCACCACCAGCUACCUGGAAGAAUAUACUCUGUAUUGUCAUGGGAGUACUUGUCUGUGUUGGACUAACAUGUCUGGCUGCUUAUUUUUAUAGAAAUAGGCAAAACCAGCAGCAACCAAGGGACCCAGAUGUGGAUUUACCCCUCAAUGAGGUGAUCCACAGUGAGAGAGAAAACAACGAUGGUGCUGAAUCUGAUGAUGGUGACCCUCCUGCUACACGUCACCAUGGCGCUUGAACAUACGGUUAUUAUUUUACUUUCAUUCUUAAACAUGAAAAAAAAAAAAAGAUGAAUCAAGCACGGUUUAUACUUGUGCGGUAGGUAGAUGGUGUAACCUACACCAUCCAACCACUGGACGACGCUGUGUCUUUUUUGCCAGUCUGGUUCAUUUUUGCUUCUACUUCCUGCUUCACUUUAAACUAUGGAGACUCAAACUUUCGUAGAAAUUUCACCAAAGACAAAUCCAACAAGUAUUUGUAUCUCUGAACCUCCUCGGUUAACCUUUCAUCAGUGUGUCCCGUCUUUAUUGAUCCAAAACAACCAAUUUGAAAACUGCAGAGAUGGAGAAGCAGCUGGAAAUAUUAAAGUAGAAACAUGCUUCUAUCAAGCGGACCAACCACAGCUCUCGUCGUCUGCGUCUGUUACAUUCUAGGAAGGUACAUGUCAGUUAGGGUUUCAGGGUCUGUAGCUGUGAAGUAUAGACUGUGUAGGAGCUAUUUGUUAGUUAUUAGUUGUAAAUUUGAUAGCUCUAAGUAUGAGUAACUUUGUUUGAUUAAUUUAAGUGUUUGAUUUAUUUAGAUUAGAUUUUUGCUAAUAUUAUUAAGUAUUUGUUUAGGAUAUAGAUUUGCAUGGCUAGUAUUUUGGGUUAUUUAUUUAUUUUUGGUAAAUGGUUCACACUGGGCACGUAAGGUUAUUUAGGUAGGUAGGCACCCUUACUAUCAGCAUGCACCGAGGUGGGCCUAUGGUUUUUUACCAGACAAAGGAGAGAGCAGCCAUGAUUUUGUUUGUUCUUUUGUUUUUUUUUAUUAUUUUGAAAUAAACCAUGAAAACGCAAA